AUGUACAUAGCAUGCCAUGCUUGAAAUAUUAAAACGAAAACGUAAAAUAGUAAAUGCCGAUCAUAAUUUCGGUAGAAAAUAUAUUUUAUUAAGUAAAACAUUAUAUAGUACGGUAAACUAAGCGAAAUGGCGGGAGGUUCACAUUAUAGAAUAAAAAUGGUUAGUAUCCUUAGCGACAAGGACCUGCUGCGAUAUCAGGAAGCCGUAAAGAAACGCGCAUCGAAAAGAUCUAAGUCGAAAACGUCACUUUCGUCGGUGGAGGCGGGAUCAAUACUUGUACAAGAAAUUGCGCCGCAAUCUAGCAUUAUAACGCAUGACCAUCCAAAAAUAUUUAUGUACUUACAAUUGCAAGACAUAGUAAAUCUGCCGAGCGGUGAUAACAAGAGGUUCUUCGUUUCCUUGCGUCACAAUAACACUGACUAUGAGGACACAAAGGAGUUGGACCAAGAACGUAAAUUGAGCGCCUUUGCCAUACCGAUCGAACAAUACAAUAUGGAUGUGGCUAAUAUGUUUAGUGAUGAGCCGGUCGCUAUUAUUUUAACGGUAGUAUCAGACAAUGAAAAUGACGCUACAGAAAAAACAAUUGCCCAGGGGCAAAUAGAUCUGAUAAAUUUCUUCACAAAUAAGCGCACAGUAGUUACUACCGAAAUUUUAUUGUACCCAACGGCAUUUGAACAUAUGGAUUUGGAAGUGGGAACUUGUAAAACCGUAUGGCAUGUGUACUCUCUGCUGCCAUUAAUGAGAUACGAAGAUUUCAAUAAUAUGGUUUUCAUAACUGUGGAAUCCUUAUACAACGUGAGCUCUGACAUCAUGGAUAUAGCACAGGAAUUGAGUGUAAGCCUAUCAUUCCGUUCUAAAUUUCCAAAUGAAAUCAACGGAUUCGACACGACAAAAAUAUGCACCUUUGAUUAUUUGAAAAGAGGAUUAAUCAAUGAACAAGAUACCAGAUAUCGGUGGGCAAGUAUUUCAACGGAUCAAUGGCACAACUUGGGCCAAACUACUGACUGUGGUAUAUCUCUACAUAAAAUCUUCAGUGAUUUAUUAUGCACAGAGAAUAUAGAUUUUGGUUUUGAUAAUAUAUCUACGGAAAAAGAAGAAGCGCUAAUUUGUAAUUUGUUACGGCGCUUCAUCUUGAAUGAAGUGUUGAAUAACAUUCUGGAAGAAGUGAUUGUGUACGACGAACAAGAGCUUGUAAUGGAGGUGUACGAGCGCAACAAUCCAGACACCAUUCUAUUAAGGGGCAGUAUAGACUUGUCGAUAUUUAUAUAUCCAUAUGUUAACUCCUGUCGUUACGCCGUACAUUUGAAACCGGUCGAUGUGCCGACCUUUUACCGUGAUGAAACGCCUAUAAAUCCCUACCAUGAGGAGGGUAAAGUAACAUUUGGGAUCGUGAAUAUUUGUAUAUUGCAGCCCAUAACGGAAUGUCAAAUCACCCGAGAUAUUUUUAGAAAGCAAUUACUCCCCGAGGAAAUGAAAACAUGUUUGCCUAAAGAUUUUAUAGAAGAAGUAAUUCAAGAAAAAAGCAAAGCGGGCAUUUGCGAAGAGAACUACAAAAGUUUUGAUGCCCAAAUACGUCACUUAGCUGAUUACAUUAUAAGGAAAGAAAUACAUUGCAUCGAAGAUUCCAAGGGAUUUUUAUGCUGUCAAAAGAAUGAAUUGACUCAAAAAAUCAUGAAAUUGAUUUCAUGCGAUUUCAAUGUUCGUGUGCCAACCAAAAAUACCACAGAAUUCGCGAAUCUGAUGACGUACGUUUAUAAAAACUUGGAGAAGAGAUGUUUUGAAAUUUUGCAAAAAUGUCAGAGACCCAAAACCGUGCUCCAAAAAGGUCUGGAAAUCCAAAAAAUUGCUUUAUACAUGAGUAUAAUAAAGGUCCUGAACGAAGUUGGUGCAGAAGAUUUAGCGAAAAUUUACAACGCAAAGCUGGAAAAGCAGGAGACCGCUGAGUUUCAUGUCGAAGGCUACAAAUUCUUAUAUAAUAUAGAGAAGCAAAAUUUCGCAGAAGCUAAGGAACACAUUCGAAAAUCAAAGGAGCAAAAAUUUCUCUUUGGUGAUUAUCAUGAUGGUCUAUUUGAAAUUUACAUAACCUUCGUAGAAACGUUGUUGUCAGAAACCACACAUAACGAAGCGCUCCAAUACCUGCUUCAAGAGUUGGAGAUAUACUCAAGGAAAUUUCCAAAAGAAUCUUCAACAUGGAUUCUACUUUACUGUAUAUACAGUAAAUGCGGUUACAUGCCAGGCAUGAGUUAUUCUCGUUUGAAAUUUGAGAAUUUGAAAAAAGAGUUUACCAAAAAUAAUGAGCUGCCGCUGAGUCUUUGGGACCUUUAUUGUAAACUAAGUCUCGAAUUUACAACUAAAAGGGCAACGCACUUUUACAAAGCCGUACAAGAAUUCUUGGAACUGGGAUUAUAUAAAUUUGCACAAAUAAUUUUUGAAAAAAUUUUAAUUGAAUGCACCGAAGCGGAGAAGUAUUUCGUUACGACCACUUUACGACUUUUACUUCGAGAAAUAACAGUCGCAUACUCGAUGCGUACAUUUCAAGGACUUAAAACGACAAUUUUCCAAGCACAUAUCAAUGGACAUUUGCAUUAUUAUUGGGGCAAUAAACUUGGCGCCAAAGAGUGUUACGCUGUAAUUAUGCAUAAUAUGCAAAACGUGGAUGAUGUCGGAGUUUUCCAAAUGAGCAUUAUUCGAUAUGCGAACUAUUUAUUUGAACAUGGGAAAUAUGAGAAGGCAAUCAGUGCAUAUGGAGAUUGCACAAGAAUCAGUAGUUGCAAUGUGAAGGCGCUUUAUGAGCUUGGAAGGGCUUUUUAUCGGUUGGGAAAAUAUCAGAAGGCAGAACAAAAGUUUUCGGCUUGCACCAAUCAUGGCAUACAUAUACCAGAUGUGUGGGGCUACUUGGCACUGGUCAAUCUCAAAAUGAAUAACACAUACAAGGCUUUAGAAUCUUGGAAAUACGCGAAAAUUAACCCGGAUAAUAUUAUAAGCAAAGAAAUUUAUAGUGAAUUGAAGAAAAUCGACUUGAAAGAUGUAACAUUAAUCGUUGAUGAUGCGGAUGCUGAAGCUACUGCCGAUAGCUAUAAAAAUGCUUAAAACAUAUAACUUCGG